CCGGAUCCUGAUAAGUUGGAGGUUAACAUAUCUCAAGUCACAGACUUGGCUGAUUUCAAACGUAUUCUCAAGAACGAAUUCGAACCCUUUAACAUUUUAGUAUCUCAGACCGAACUAAAUGGUAAUGACUAUAGUCUUAAACUAAAAGUUAAAAUCGAUGAUAAAAAGUCUUACAGUGAUUGGGAACUAAAGGACGUGUUUAAAGAAAUAUUACGACAGGAUUAUAAAUCUCUUAGUGGCAUGCCAAGGCUUAACUUGAAUGACCUACCCUCGUUAGAGCACUCAUUUACUGAGGACAAAUUAAAGGGUUUCGUUAAUGAACUUCAAAGAACACUUAAUGCAUUCAAGAAGGAAUUUGGCAUCAAUGAGAUGACUGCUCGUGAAUAUAUUUCUACCUUCAUGAAAACUGUGGUUUGUCAUAUACAAGACUACAUAAACGAAUCUGCGCAAUUGAGCGUGAAAAUAGACCUGGAUGAAAGUCAUGAGUACGGCUCUGUAGACUACAUGGUGGAUAUCGGUAAAAUUUUGGUGUUGUUAUAUGAAGCAAAAGCAGAAAAUAUGAACAAGAGAACAGCUCAAGUUCUUGUACAAAUGCAUAGCGCAAUAGAGCAACAAUUGGAACCAACAGUUCAUAUCUCUGAAGAGUACACUUGCAAUUUUAAGGAUAAAAUGAAAUCCGAAAAGGAAGUGUUAAAAUAUAUUACUCAGAUAUUACAAGUCCAAGCUAUGGCAUUUGAUGAUGAUGACAAGGGUGGCCGUCCUUCAAAACAUCAAUGUAUUUAUCAAGAAAAUGAUAG